AUGUUCUUCAAAUCGCCGAUUGAUAUAGAGAUAUUGUUCGAUGGACAGGAGUCACGCAAGCAGGUUGAGAUACCAUCUGUGUCGUCUACAUCGAAAACGCUAAAAGACAGAUACCCGCUGUACGAGGAUGGUGAAAGCGUAAGUGGGCUUGUGACUCUGCGAGUACGGGAGGGGCGUAAAGUAGAGCACUUGGGGAUCAGAGUGAGCCUUGUGGGGUCGGUAGAUACCACGAAGUCGAGUUCCGAGGCGAAGAAGCGAGCGAUCGACACGUUUCUCUCUUUGAGCGCGGACAUCUGUCCUCCUGGGGAGCUGGUUCAUUCCCAGAGCUUCCCAUUCAACUUCAAGGAUGUGGAGAAACGGUACGAGAGCUACCGCGGGAAGAACAUCGACGUGAUGUUCUACGUGAAGGUGGUUGUGCUCCGCAAAUCCACGGAUAUCGUGAAGCUCAAGAAGUUUUGGUGCUAUCUGUACAACACUAUCCCGCCGGUCCUCGCUGCAGGUGCCGCAGACGAGAACAAGCCUGUCAAGCUCGACAUCGGGAUAGAAAACUGUCUGCAUAUUGAGUUUGAGUAUUCCAAGUCACAGUAUGCGCUCAAGGACGUGAUAGUGGGCCGGAUAUACUUCUUGCUGACACGCCUAAAAGUGAAACACAUGGAGAUCAGUCUUAUUAAGCGCGAGACGUGCGGCCACGAGCCAAACCAGCUGAGCGAUACAACCUCCAUUCGGUACGAGAUUAUGGACGGGUCCCCGGUAAAAGGCGAAACCAUCCCCAUACGGCUGUUUUUGGGCGGUUACGACCUGACUCCCAACAUCACCUCGAACUACUUCAGCGUGAAGAACUAUCUGAGUCUGGUAAUAAUAGACGAGGACGGCAGGAGAUACUUCAAGCAGACUGAAAUCAUCCUCUAUCGGACGCUGAGCUGA